CAUUCAACGGAAGUGCAUCAGUGACGCUAUACUGUUGCUUUGGAGAGUUUCAACUUAACUUCGCCGGAAUUGUGGAGCAGAACAAUACGCGGCCCGAUGAAGUUGCUCGUCGGCUUGCUGGUUGCAACCGUGGCAUCCACUGUCUCGGCCGGUCCCUAUCCGUUCGAGGUGGAGGAGUCUCACUUUGCGUAUCAGCUGAAAAGUUUCCGCCAGUCGCUGGAUGAGUGCGCAGAAUACUUGGAGGUUCCUCCCGAAGUAGUGGACCGUUUUGUGGCGCGAAAUUUUGUAACGAACGAAAGAGACUUGAAGUGUCUGAUACGGUGCGCUGGAAUCAACUCCGGCUGGUGGAGCGAUGGCAGUGGUGUGCAGACCCCGGUCAUCGAAAGUUACUUCCAACCGGCCUGUGGUGACAUUGCCUAUCGGAGGCGUACCAAAGAAUGUGGUGUUUCCAAGUUAGCGGUUUGUCAGGAUGAUUGUUCGAAGGCCUACGAGACGUUCCUGUGCUACUAUCACCAAUACGGGAAUCUCAAGUGUUCCGAAGAGUACAUCCCACUAACCCACCUUGAAGCGGUUCAGGCUGCCAUCGAUUGCCUCAACGUGCUUCAAGUGCCGAUCGAUUUACUUGAACAGUACUGCGCCGGAGUGAUUCCCGAUGUACCCAUGACACAUUGCAUUUAUCGCUGCCAAUAUUUAGCUGAGGGUCUCUACGAUACCGCGUAUGGCUUCAACUUAACGCGCUUCUACAUCCGCCAUCACGACUACCCAUCGCUGGAAUACUUGAGCGAUAACACCAAGGCUUGCACCGAGGUAGCCCUGCGGGAAAACUGCGACGAGUGCACCCGUGUUUACCGGGCACGAAGAUGUUUCAGCGGCUGCAAUCCCAACUCGGUCCACACCGCCAACAUCCUGAAGCAUGCGGCUGAACACAUGCUCCGGGGGGACGCGGUUGAGUCAGCGGGACCAUACAACAAUGCGCUUAUCAAACUGCCGGCGCCUAAGCCCUCGGUACCAGUGCCAUCGCCCUAUCCGGCGUAUCUUCCACCGAAACCUGCCUGUGGAUACUGCAACAACUCUCCGCCGAAGGGUGGGUGUAAGUACUGUCAGGCGUGAGCGGGCGGCCGGAUCGAAGCGUAGAGUAGUACUUUAGUGGGCUCGGGUGAUUGUACAGUUAAGUUUUUCACAUUGAUCUGCAUACAUCGGAAGCAGUGCUAAGAAUAAAAUUAUUGUUUUACCUA